AAAAGCUUUUGAAUGCAUCAAUAUAGCUUGAAUGUUUUCCCUUUUGCUUUUAUAGCUUUGAUAUUAUUUUGCUAAAUAAAAGGAGAAUACUAUCACGGCAAAUAUAGAAAUAUAAACAGAAAAACAAUUGUUAAAAUGAGAGUUAUAUCUACUCGUAGUGAACAUUAAAUUGUGCGCCUAUAAGUAAUCGUGUAACAUUUUGUACAAUUCUGAUGUGGCCCAAUCAUGUUGAGCCCGUGACUUAUCUAUCAGCUAAUUUCGUUUUGUAGUUUUUUCUAGUUAGCUUGUUUCGGUUAUAUAUUAAGUUCUGUGUGCAAUAAUGGCGUACCAAACUUUUCUUCAAGAGUAUAUGCUUAUACCCCCGGUCACUAGAGCCUAUACAACCGCUUGCGUUGUCACAAGUCUAGCAGUCCAACUGGACCUAGUAUCUCCAUUUCAACUAUAUUUCAACCCUAUACUGAUCCUCAGAAAGUACCAGCUAUGGCGGCUGGUGACCACAUUCCUCUUUUUUGGAAACUUAAAUUUUAAUUUCUUCUUCAAUAUGAUAUUUACAUAUAGAUAUUGUAGGAUGCUGGAAGAAGGAUCAUUUAGAGGAAGAACAGCUGAUUUUAUUGUUAUGUUCAUGUUUGGAGGAGUGCUGAUGAUUUUGUGUGCCUUUUUCGUUAACCUAUUAUUUUUAGGACAAGCAUUCACCAUUAUGAUUGUGUAUGUGUGGUCGCGACGGAAUGUAUUUGUUCGGAUGAACUUUUUUGGCCUGAUGAACUUCCAGGCCCCGUAUCUACCGUGGGUUCUACUCGGCUUCUCCGUACUGCUAGGGAACGCGAUAUCGGUAGAUCUGGUCGGCAUGGCCAUUGGCCACAUCUACUUCUUCUUGGAAGAUGUACUACCCAGGAAGAGAGGUGGACAGAAAAUACUUAAAACGCCAAAAUUCUUGAAGAAACUCUUCGACCCAGCCUCUGAAGAUCCAGACUACGAGCCCCUCCUAGAGCUCGACAACAUCCGGCCAGGCGGCUUCAACUGGCGGCGGAACCCUGAAGACGAUGGCAACCCCAAUGCUAACGCUAAUGCCAAUCAAAACCCUAAUGCAGAAGGCGACGCCAGAUAAGAUCUCAAACUGUACAGUGUUAGAGACAGUCAUAUUAUAUUAAGCGAUACAUAAAGAUCUAGUGAUAAAACAUUUCCCACAGGGAACCUGUCAGUCUAAUAACCUUAUUAUGUAAGAGUGAUGGAUAUAAACUUGGCUUUAUUUAUAUAUAUAUAUAUAUUUUUUAUCAGAUACUUUAAGAUUUUCUCACUACAUAUGUAUGAUCAAUAUACUUUUUUAAGACGCCAUAGGACGCGGGUAUCGUAAUAGAAAAGUGUACUCCCAUCUUAAAGGCCGGCAACGCACUUACAACCCCGCUGGUGUUGCGGGUGUCCAUGGGCAGCGGUAAUCGCUUACCAUCAGGUGAUCCGUCUGCUCGUUUGCCUCCUAUAUCACAAAAAAGACAACUGAAAAAGAAAUGUGCAUGGCAAAAUUUCGUGCCCAGUAAAAGACUCACAGUAGGCGCAUACUCUUAAAUGCCACAUCGAUCAUAGGAGGGAAAGUGGCAGAAAGGAGCCAGGUUUUGAAAAAGCCAUUUGCAUAAUUUCGCUAGUUUCGCAAUUUGUAUGAGAUAACUGUUUCUAGGUAACGGGAAAUUAUUGUGCUAACUUAAACAAAUAAAAGUUUAGCUCUUUCAAAACCUGGCUUCUUCAUGCCACUUUCCUUCUACAGUACCCGUCUUGAGUGAGUUUUAAAUAAAGAUGAAUAGUUAUAUGAAUUGAAACCAAAGCAAAGUUAGAUUAGCAAAUAGACGGGUCCACACAGAGCGAGCAUACGCGCGAGGAAAUCUUCUCGCGCACAAACCGGCCAGUGAAGACGUGCCUCGGCCGAGGCGGCGCGCGCGUUUUCCUCGCCUGAGGGCGCCGCCUGGGACAAAAUUUUAUUUACCUUGUUUUUAAUUAUAACUUUUUAUGAUUAAUAUAUUAAUAUAUUUAUUUUAAGAAAGAACAGAAACCUAGCUGUAAAUGGUUAUUUGACUAAUAUUGAAUGGUAAAGAGCAAUAAUAACGUGUUAACCUUUAAAAAAAAUGUGGAUUUAAUGUUCAGAUUCAGAUAAUUCGGUUGUGUUCAUGUUAAAAAUACUUAUAUCAAAAAUGCUGGAUUAUACGUUAAUGCGUAUUUCCGAUCUUUUAUCAGUAUAACUACUGCUGCACAAUAGUCGGGUAAAAGUUUCUUUUCAGUUAAUUUAAAUUGUAUCAUCUUAUAAUUUCGUGGUCCAUUUUUUAUGUCCAUUGUUACUUUGAUUUAGUUAUAAAUAAUAAAAAAGCAUUUAUUUCGGACAAAUAAUGUUAUGUUAUUUUAAAUUUUUUGACAGCGUCAAUUGUGCGUUUUUUCAGUUUGGUUUUUAUAAAAAAUAUAUAUAACAGAAUUAUUCAAUAUCAUGAGUACAUAAGUACAGUCAGUCUCAAAGAUAUUGCGAGCAUUGAGUUAUUAUUACUAGACGCCAUAUAGACCGCGAGCCAGUAACAAUUUCCAUGACCAAUCUCCUCCCGGCUAAAAACUCGUGUAGUGGUUAACGGCUAGGUAUGAUGAACCCUUGCGGACGUCAGCUGCCGCUCCGUUGGUGGGUUGAGGAAUGGCAGCCACCGAAACAAGUAAAACAAAAAAAAUGUCAUCGUCUCUCAUUCCAUACCUACUUGGUCGAAUGAUAGUUCUGAUGCUGUUGUUAAUCAAAAAACUCAUCAGCCGGUUAUAUCGCGGUGGUAAGAACAUCAGCUGGUCGCAUGAACAUGUAAAAAAUAAGCGCUAUACCUUUUAUGAUAGCAAUAACAAAUCAUGAAACUUUGCAUAUGGCAUUUCAUCGGGCGUAAACGCCUGAAAAGUCAUAAACGGAUUACGCAAUUUACAUAUUACGCAUACUUUGCCGCACAUAAAGUGGUAAGGCGCAUAUUUUUUACAUGACCAUUUUACAGCUGACGGUCAUUCCACCGGGAUAGAACCGGCUGGCGGUUUUUUUUAGUUUAAAACAGCAUCUAAACUAUCAUCUGACAAAGUAUCAGCCGGAAGGCGAUGACUGACGAAAUAUGCUCCUGGCCCGCGGUCUAAUACCAAACAAUGAAAUUGUCGCAAUUGCGACCUGUACCACACGACAAAAACGUCGCACGCGCCGUAAAAUGCAUGGCCCUUACGCGUUAAGGUCGCGAGAUUCACGCUCCGCUACUAUGGCUCGUUGUCAAAACAACAACUCAUGGCGCAAAAUACCAGUACUCUGUGCUGAUUCUAUAUAAUAAUAGUUCAAUGAUUAUGACAUAGUUCAGGGUGAAACGGAAAGGUUGUCAUCAAGUCAUUUUUGUAAUUGGAACCCUUCAACUUAAAUUUGUCUAGUACAGUCGCCAUCAGAUAUAUCGGGGCGGCCGAGGUACUCAAAAAUAUCUGAACACGCACUCUAACGCCUUGACAAGAGAGGCGUGUGCAGAUAUUUGUGAGCACCUCGGCCGCUCCGAUGUAUGUUGAACAGUUCCGUUUUAUUUUGACCGCCACAGACGGCUGUGGCCGUCAUCGGAAUGUCUUGCCACGGACGCCAACGAUGGCUACAGCCCUACAGCCGUCAGCUUCGCCAAUGAAAUAGGGACUUACGCGGGACUCCGUAAAGUUCAAUUUCGCUUAAAUAAUCGCGAUCGCCUGGCGUUCAAAAAGUUAAAAGUUAUCCUUGGGCUCUACCCUUGAUUUUUAUAUUUAAAGCAUGAAAUUGGAAUUCACCUGUCAGACUGCAGCUCCACUGGCGUUUACUUUGCUCGUUUACCUAUUGAAAUAUUGCCGUUUUUUAUUUUAACAUCAGAAUGAAUUUAAAGUCGUUGUUUUAAUCCGCUAUGAAAUGGUCCUAGGAAUAGUGGGAGUAAUUUGCACUUUUACUCAAGUUGUACACUUUGGUUAACACGGAACGACACAUAGUAUCAAUGUCUGUCCUGUAAAUAUUUUUUGUAAUAAGAAUGAUAAGAUAAAUGUAUUUUGUAUUCUUUCAGUUGUGUAGGGUUUCUUCAAUGUGGGGAUUUGUAUGUGAAUAAAUCAUGUCACCCGUUA